UGGAGAAGAACACCUUCAGGAGGUUCUGCAAGAAAUACGCCAUAAUAGACGACCGGCUCCACUUCAUGAGCGGAGACCGGGUCCGGUUGGUUCUGAGGAACCGGCAGCAGGUCGAGGCCGCGCUCGUGGACUUUCACGACGAGCUGAACCACCUGAACGUCAACAAGUGUCUCCGCCUGCUCAACGAGAGGUACUUCUGGAAAACCAUGAAGUUCGAUGUGAUGGAGUGGAUCAACAGCUGCUCCCAGUGCAGCCUGAAGAUGGUGAAGAAAGCGCACGGAGCAGAGGCCGAGCACUCCGAGAUGCUGCUGCAGACGCUCCAGUCUCCAGACCCGGACUCAGACAGCAGUGGAAAGGACGAGGACAGCGAGGACGCCUGUGGUGAUGAAGACGACGACGAUGAUGAUGAUGAUGGUGGAGGAGGGGCGGGUGUCAUGGAGGAGCAGCAGGUGAUUGAGUCGGUGGAAGAAAUGUCUCAGGAAGCUCCGCCCCCAUCCGGACUUCAGCCCAGAAUCCCGAUUCUGAUCCACCUGAGAACCCCCAACAACCUUCAGCCCAACGCCUCGGUCAUCCUGCAGCCCCGGACCCCCAACCAGCCCCUCAUCACCAGGUUCUGGUCCGUCAACAUGGGGACUCCUGACCCGUCCGAAAACCCGUCUGAGGGUCAGCCCGGGAACCAGACUAGCCCGCAGACAACAGAACCAGAGGAGCAGAGGGGUACUGGCACCAGAACUCGGCACUUCAUCCAGUCCCAGGAUGCAGCCACGCCCCUCACAGAACCGACCCAACAUCCGCCUCAAAGCCAAAACGGCAAACGCAGAACCAAGAAGUCCUCAGAACCUCCGGCCCAGCGCAGCGACAGGCCUCCUGCAAAGAGGAGGAGAACCACGGAGCCAGAACCUUCUGCUGUGGGGGGCUCCUGCUCCGGUCUGGACCCGGUGGUGGCACCCAGCACCAAACCCUGGCCCGUCUUCACCAUCGCC